UGCUAUAGUGGUGUUGUGUGCCUGCUGUGUGGCGGCCUUGUGGUGUGCCGCGUCAGCCCCGAGCCUGAUAGCCCCGCCGGCCACCAGACACCAGCACAGGCACCGGCCCCGGCACUGCCCAGUGAGGCAUACAGCCUGGGUCGUGCAUGACAGGCCAGCCUCGCACCGGAGACACACGCCCCGGCAUCACCAGUGCCAAGGAAAACUUAAAUCACAUUACAGGUCCAACAGCAGAAGAAACCAAGACCCAUUCUUCACCAUGGGGGAGGCGGGCCAGGACACAGAAAAGGCUGGGUUUGACAUACUCAUGUUCAAGCGGCUGUUCAAGUUGGUUCGACUCAUCUUCCCUGGAUGGUGUUCCCUCCCUUCCGCCCUCUUCUUCCUCCUCCUCUUCCUUUGUGGCUUGGAACAAUUCCUGGCCUAUUUUGUGGGCUUGAUUCCUAGUGGCUACUACAAAGUGUUCAAUGCUCGGGACAAAGAUGGCUUUCUCUACCACACCCUGCAGGCACUUGCCCUUUUUGUGGCUAUUUCUGUGGUCAUCAGUGUGAAGAAGUACGUGGACAGCAUCCUCUACAUUACAUGGCGGCAGCUUCUUUGUCGUGCAUUACACCGACUCUACUUCUCGGGCAUAAACUAUUACUCCAUCAACAUACUGCCUGGCAGUAUCGACAACCCAGACCAGCGCAUGACCCAGGGCGUGGACAGGCUGUGCCUCACCUGGCCACCAUCACCACUAAGGUCAUCAUAG